AGCUACCUACAUGGUUGCCCUGAAGGCUAGCCGGAUGAACAACAUGAACAGUGAGCAGGACGGGUACAAUGAGCGGGAGCUGGACUAUGCCCUGGAAAGAAUGACUGAGGAUGACCACGAUGUUUAUGAUCAGGAGUUCACUCGUAAUGUUCGUUCACCUGAGAAAGGAGAUUAUGGGAGUAAUCCAGGUACACCUGUUAUACGUCGUGAAUCGUUACGAAGUAGUCUGAGUAUGAUGAAAAACCGGUUUCUCGGAGGUCAGCUCGGAGGUCGGAGUACAACCAGCAUAGAUAAAUCAUCCUCUAAGGAUGAGUUCUGGGACGGAAUGACUAACCCCGCGAUGGACCACACCGGUACAGAAGAUCCCCGGGAGGAUUUCGUGUUCCUCAACAACUCUAAUGGAUUGGCACACGUCGGAGCCGCGUAUCUUAACCAACAAUCCAACAGCGGCCCGGUGACCACUACAGAGCUAGAGACGGAGACAUCCGGACCCAACUCCCUUCCUCUCACCCUCACGAAGGAUGCCCCCCUGGAGAAACAGAGUUCGGAACCUAAUUUUAAAGCAGGUGGCGCCACUCGCGGUGGCGCGGAUAUCCGCCCAACUGUCAUCAAUGUACGUGGCAGCGGUAGCGGGGAUGCGGAGAGCUCCGGUGCCGAGCAAAGUCUUGAAACUACAACAACCUAUCCAAGUGAUAGAACUAGUUUACUCAGAGAUAAAACUGUUAGCUAGUAGAGAGCUAGGAUUCAUAUUUUGGGUGGUAAAGGGAGGCUUAUGCCGAAAACUUUGCUAUUAAAAUCUAAACUCUCGUAAUUUUUUUAACUGGUGACUUUAACGUCUUAUAUUCUCAUGAUUGAUAUUUGGUAGAGGAUAAAUCUAAUCGUAUUUACUCGCAUCAACAAUUUAAACAUUUUUUUUAAACAUUGUUUGAUGGGCUGUUGCAAUCCUUCAAUUUUAGCUUUAUUUUCUCUAUUUCAUUGUAUCCAGACUAAAGUUAUAUACUCUCAUAUUGUUAUUCAACCCCUUUCAAGAUAUAGUGGAUGUUUCCGCGAAUUUCAGGCAGAUAAAAUAAUGCUCAUUUAGCAAAUUCCAUUCUUAUGCCGAUAUAAUUCUAAUUUUUGUCAACCAUAAAUCAAAAAUAAAAAUUUUCACAAAAUUUAUUUAAAAAACCUCCCCUAAUCUUUCAAAAAUAAAUCGCUAUUGUCUUUAUUAAUGUAUUACAACCGCAUCCCCUAAAUCCCCCCCCCCUCCAUCUUAUUUAGAUAUAUUUAAUUUUUAAGUGUAUAAUAGGUUUGUAGAUAAAAAAACGCGUUUUUUCAUUUCGUUAUAGAAAUCAGUCCGUCCAUAGAAUGCUGUUUAAAUGUUUGUGCAUUUUGUGUUAAGAAAAUUCGAGUUUAUGUCAUUUUUCUUUCAUUUUUCAGAGCUUUUUUUUAUUAAGAAUACCAGCAACAAUUCUUCUCGUGUUAGCACGACACUUUUUAUCAUUGGUUUUGGCAGUUUCUUGAUUCCCUUAAUUUGUUGAAUUUACAAUUGACAAUAAUGAAAUUUAAAAAUAGGAAGAUGACUUAAUCAAAACUAUUAUUGAACUCUUAUUCUGGUAUAGUUAUUUUAAAAUUUCCUAAAAAAGACGAAAUUCCUAAUUCUAAGAUCUGGUUUUAGCAAUAAGUGAGCUCUACUUAAACCUCCAGGUUGAUCCAGAGUCCAUACAUAAUCACAGAUCACGACAAAAUAAAACAUUUAAAUACUUUCUGCACUAUGGCAUUUUUUUGAUCCCAAAAUUGAAGAAUAUUUUCAUAGUUUUUCACUCUGUUAACUAAUUUGUUAAAAUUGGUAUUUAUUGGUGAUUUUUUCAGAACUUAUAAGUUUUUAUUUUUUAAACUUGUUUUAUUGAUUUUACCGUCGCAUUUUUGUUAGAGAUAAAUUGUAAACAUUUGGCUCAAUUCCUUGGCAUGUGUUCCUCGAGUUUAUUAAAUAACAAAUUGAACAUGUUAAACUUCUUUUUGAUUGUAUCAUUAAAUGCUUAAAGUGUAUUAUUUUCAUAAAAAACAUUAUUUUUCAUUAAACUUAUAAAUCCGAAAAAAUGUGUUUAGUAUACACAGAAAAUGUCCUGAAUUAAUUUCUAACACAGGGUGUCCUACGAAACAUUACAUUUGGCUAAUAGUUUUAAUGCCUUAUUCCAUAAUGUUUGUUUUUUCAAAAAAAAAAUAUCACAUGGCAGUCAUAUUAUAGUAAAAUUGAUUUCGAAGUAAAUAUAUUUGAGUUAAAGAUUUUUUAAAACGAAAUUCAAACAGUCUUUAACAUUUGAUGUGGUAAAUGGAAGAUGGCAAUUCUAUUGAUGUGGUAAAUGGAAGAUGGCAAUUCUAAACUCUCACCAACUGUCAUGUGUCCUGACACUAGGGUGACACACGAAGAAGUGAAAGUAAUAAAAUGAAAAGGUGCAUAGGUCCUAAAAGAUUCUAUGGGUGAUGUCAACGCUAAGUAUUGAAAUGCAAACAUUGUUUUUUCUAACUUGAUUAACUUGGCUGGAAGUAGUUCCUGGAAAACAUCUCGAUUAUGUUAUGUUAAGGAUAUGGGGGCAUUCGACACUUCGUGACAUCAAAUUUUGUAAAGGCUGCAUUUGUUUUUUAAAAUUAAGAUUAAGGGCCGAAAUUUUUCAUGUCAUCUAACCGGAUCGUAUAGAAAAUUUGGGAUCGGAGGUCAUUGACCAACGUUAUAAAUCAAGGUUUUGCCGAAAAAAACGAAAACGACUGGUACCUAAUGCAAUGCUCCGAUCAACCUAAAAUUUUCACAUCACCUAUGCACCCAAAAAACUUAAUUUUAACCCCCUUCAUGUGUCACUGGGACACCCUGUACUUAAAAAAAGAAAAAUUGUUUCGUUAUUUUUCAAAUUAAAUUAAAGUCAAAAAUAAAUUACGCAUUUCUUGUAAACGUGGUGAAAUUAUGUCAAGUUUAAUGUAAUUGAUUUAAAAUAUAUUUUUUAAAUCUUGAA